AUGGCGCGGGGGCACGCGGGCGGCGGGCUGCUGGCGCUCACCCUGUGCCUGCUGGCCGCGCGCGGGGAGCUGCCGUUGCCCCAGGAGACAACCGUGGAGCUGAGCUGUGGGCCGGGGCCGGUACAAGUGGUCCUGGGCCCAGCGCAGGUGGCGGUGCUGGACUGUCGUCUGGGGACCGUCGCAGCCGGACCCCCCACCAGCGUCACGUGGAGCAAAGACGGAGGAGCCCUCCCGGAGCACAGCCACCUGCGCCUGCUGCCCAACGGCUCCCUGUGGCUGUCCCGGCCGCCAGCGCCCACAGGCAGCGCUGAGGCAGCCCCCAGAGCUUCCGAUGUCAUCGAGGGCAGCUACUCCUGCCUGGCCCACGGCCCACUCGGGGCAGUGGCCAGCCAGGCUGCAGUGGUCAAGCUCGCCACACUCGAAGGCUUCUCUCUGCACCCGGAGUCUCAGACAGUGGAGGAGAACGGGACGGCUCGGUUUGAGUGCCACAUUGAAGGGCUGCCAGCACCCACCAUUACUUGGGAGAAGGACCAGGUGACAGUGCCGACGGAGCCUCGGCUCAUCACUCUUCCCAACGGGGUUCUCCAGAUCCUGGACGUCCAGGAGAGUGACGCCGGCUCCUACCGCUGCAUGGCCACCAACUCCGCCCACCAGCGCUUCAGCCAGGAGGCCCUGCUCACCGUGGCCCCCAGAGGGUCCCUGGCGUCUCCCGGCGGGCAGGACGUGGUCAUUGUGGCAGCUCCGGAGAACACCACCGUGGUGUCUGGACAGAGUGUGGUGAUGGAAUGUGUGGCCUCUGCUGACCCCACCCCUUUCGUGUCCUGGGUCCGACAGGACGGGAAGCCAAUCUCCACCGACGUCAUCGUGCUGGGCCGCACCAACCUGCUGAUCGCCAGCGCGCAGCCCGGCCACUCGGGCGUCUACGUCUGCCGCGCCAACAAGCCCCGCACGCGCGACUUCGCCACGGCCGCCGCCGAGCUCCGCGUGCUGGCGGCCCCGGUCAUCUCGCAGGCGCCGGAGGCGCUGUCUCGGACCCGGGCCAGCACCGCGCGCUUUGUGUGCCGCGCGGCGGGGGAGCCGCGGCCGGCGCUGCGCUGGCUGCACGACGGGGCGCCGCUGCGGCCCAACGGGCGCGUCAAGGUGCAGGGCGGCGGCGGCAGCCUGGUCAUCACGCAGAUCGGCCUGCAGGACGCCGGCUACUACCAGUGCGUGGCCCACAACGGCGCGGGCACCGCGUGCGCCGCGGCUCCGCUGGCCGUGGUGGUGCGCGAGGGGCUGCCCAGCGCCCCCACGCGCGUCACGGCCACGCCGCUGAGCAGCUCGGCCGUGCUGGUGGCCUGGGAGCGGCCCGAGCUGCACAGCGAGCAGAUCAUUGGCUUCUCCCUUCACUACCAGAAGGCUCGCGGCGUGGACAACGUGGAAUUCCAGUUCGCCGUGAACAAUGACACCACAGAGCUGCAGGUCCGGGACCUGGAACCCAACACGGAUUACGAGUUCUACGUGGUGGCCUACUCCCAGCUGGGGGCCAGCCGCACCUCCGCCCCAGCGCUGGUCCACAUGCCGGACGAUGUCCCCAGUGCGGCGCCCCAGCUCUCCCUGUCCAGCCCCAACCCCUCGGACAUCAGGGUGGCGUGGCUGCCCCUGCCUCCCAGCCUGAGCAAUGGGCAGGUGGUGAAGUACAAGAUAGAGCACAGUUUGGGAAAGGAAGAUCACAUUUCCUCCAGCGAGGUGCCGGGGAAUGAGACACAGCUCACGCUGCACUCACUGCUGCCCAACAAGGUGUACCGAGUGCGGAUCUCGGCUGGCACCGGCGCUGGCUACGGGGCACCCUCCCCAUGGAUGCAGCACCGGACACCCAGCAUGCACAACCAGAGCCACGUCCCUUUUGCCCCUACAGAGUUGAAGGUACGGGCAAGGAUGGAGUCCCUGGUUAUAUCCUGGCAGCCGCCUCCUCACCCGGCCCAGAUCUCUGGCUACAAACUGUACUGGCGGGAGGUGGGGGCCGAGGAGGAGGCCGACGGUGAGAGCCCCCCAGGGAGCCGUGGAGACCAGGCUUGGGACGUGGGGCCUGUCCGGCUCAAGAAGAAGGUGAAGCAGUAUGAGCUGACCCAGCUAGUCCCUGGCCGGCUGUACGAGGUCAAGCUUGUGGCAUUCAACAAACACGAGGACGGCUACGCAGCGGUGUGGAAGGGCAAGACGGAGAAGGCUCCCACACCAGACCUGCCCAUCCAGAGGGGGCCGCCCUUACCCCCCGCUCACGUCCACGCCGAAUCCAACAGCUCCACGUCCAUUUGGCUUCGGUGGAAGAAGCCAGACUUCACCACCGUCAAGAUUGUCAACUACACCGUCCGCUUCAGCCCCUGGGGGCUCCGGAAUGCCUCCCUGGUCACCUAUUACACCAGCUCUGGCGAAGACAUCCUCAUUGGCGGGCUGAAGCCAUUCACCAAGUAUGAGUUUGCGGUACAGUCCCACGGCGUGGACAUGGAUGGGCCUUUCGGCUCCGUGGUAGAGCGCUCCACCCUGCCAGACCGGCCCUCCACGCCGCCUUCGGACCUGCGCCUGAGCUCCCUGACGCCGUCCACCGUCCUGCUGCACUGGUGCCCCCCCACGGAGCCCAACGGGGAGAUCGUGGAGUACCUGAUCCUGUACAGCAGCAACCACACCCAGCCCGAGCACCAGUGGACCCUGCUCACCACGGAGGGAAACACCUUCAGUGCCGAGGUGCGUGGCCUGGAGAGCGACACCAGGUACUUCUUCAAGAUGGGGGCCCGCACGGAGGUGGGGCCUGGGCCCUUCUCCAGCCUGCAGGACGUGAUCACUCUCCAGGAGAAGCUCGCAGACUCCUUGGACGUGCACUCCGUCACGGGCAUCAUCGUGGGCGUCUGCCUGGGCCUCCUCUGCCUGCUGGCCUGCAUGUGUGCGGGCCUGCGCCGCGGCCCCCACAGGGAAGCCCUCCCAGGCCUGUCCUCCACGGCCGCUGCUGGGAACCCCGCGCUGUACUCCCGAGCCCGCCUUGGACCCCCCAACCCCCCAGCUACCCACGAACUGGAGUCCCUUGUGCACCCCCGUCCCCAGGACUGGGCCCCACCACCCUCAGACAUCGAGGACAGGGCUGAAGUGCACAGCCUUAUGGGUGGCGGAGCUUCCGACGGCAGCCGGGGUCACUCCAAGAGGAAGAUCUCCUGGGCCCAGCCAGGUGGGCCCAGCUGGGCAGGUUCCUGGGCAGGCUGCGAGUUGCCCCAGGCAGGCCCUGUGCCUUACCUGACCCGGGCCCUGCUGCCCCCUGCUGGAACUGGACAGACGCUGUUUCUGCAGGCUCUGGUGUAUGAUGCCAUAAAGGGCACCGGGAGGAAGAAGCCGCCCCCGGCCUGCAGGAACCAGGUGGAGGCGGACGUUAUUGUUCACUCUGACUUCAGUGCCUCCAGGGGGAACCCUGACCUCCACCUCCAAGACCUGGAGCCCGAGGACUUCCUGCCUUCGGAGGCUCCCGACCUCACCUUGGGGGUUGUGGACUCAGGGCAAGGGGGAGACUGGCGGGACAGGGAGCUGGGAGGCUGUGAACCGGCGGCCCCCGGGCCAGACAGACUCACCCGCCUGCCGGAGGCCCCUUCUUGCCCCUACCUGGACCUCCAGCCCAGGGAGGCUCCGGAGGAGGCCUCUGGGAACAGCUGCCAGUCCAAGGCCCCCUGCCCGCGAGGAGCCAGCCCAGGCCUGUCCAGGGCCUCCGUCUCCUCCUUGGCUUAG